AUGAAAAAUCCUGCAGAAUUUGUAUUACAAGCUGGUUAUGGACCAGAUGCUGAUAAACAGGCAUUCAUUCAGUCAAUCAAACAGUUGGGUUAUUCAGAUACACCAGAUUAUGCCUAUUUACGUAAACUUUUGCACAGUGCUAAGUCAUCGAUUGGCAAACAAACUGUUUCAUCUAGUCAUAAUUUAACUGUGGAAUCUAAUGAAACGGGGGUUAUUUCUCCACCAACACUCCACAGUUUACCAACUAAAAAGCCCAGAGGUCGUCCACCUGGUAGUAGUCCUUCAAAACAAUUGGAGAAUAUAUCACCUGGUUCAACAGUAAACAGUACUAACCACGCUUCUAAACGUAAUGCUGUAAAGAGUCUACAUGCAUCUUCGCCAAAUAAAAAAUCCACACCAGUUGAAUCGACGUCACUUAUACCGAAAUCCGGUUUACCGAAUUCCGGCAGUGGAGAUACAAGUCCACCAAGUCAACAGCGUAUUAGAACUCGACUUAUCGAUUUGUUCUCAGACAGUGAUGAUGAUAAUGAUAGUGAUGACUUUUUCGCUAGUCUAAAGAAAAACUCAAGCAGAUCUCGUAAAGAUGUACUCGAGUCCACUCCUAAACUUGAAUCGCCAAAAGCAUCACCAUCCACACGGAAAAACCAUCAACAUUUAACAGACAAUGCAAGCAAACAAUCUCCAUUUAAGUCACCACAGUAUACCUCGCUAGUUGCUAAUCGUAGACGAUCUGGUUGGUGCCAAACAUCUCCGGAGUUGUUAGAUGUUGCCAAGGCAGAGGCAUUAGGUCGUAGUGCUGUGAAAUU